AUGGCGGCUGCCACAUGCCAGCCAGCAAGCAUGGGAACAGGAGGAGAGCUGAUAAUAGACACUAUGGCUAAGCUGGACGAGAUCAGGAUUUCAGAGAGAGCGCUGACCAAAGCUACAGCCAAACAGACUAUCCCAGCAUUCACACACUUGGCACCCUCGGACUCCAAGGGCGGACGCAGAAUAAACGCUGCCAGAGGCUCCCCAAAGCGGUACCGACAAAGGAACCGAUGGCGCAAGCAACAACGCAGAGCCUGCCCCAUGACAAGCACCCGUACCCAAGUUAAGCCUCAACAACCCCGUAGCAGACCAGAGGCACCCUACCCAGCAGGUCAGCGCCGACUGCCUGACAAAAUACAGAUUCACCAUCACAACUCAGACACCUGGUACUUAACCACAGCUAUGCCUCUGAAGUCUCAGGCGACAGGGGCUCUCGGGGACUGCAUCUUGCAACCAAAAGGGAUCGGAUGA